AUGAUGCCUGCGGCGCACAUGUAUGGACACCAUCAGUUCAACCAGCAGUCCGAGUCUGCGUGGCUUCAGCAGCAACAGCAGCAGCCGGGCUCAGCAGGUGGAGGCAACGCGCAGCAACAACAACAGCAGCAACAGCAGAAUGCGGCUGCGCAAUACAAUCGUCUGACCAACCCCGGAGCAGGCGGCGGCGGACCACCCGUCGGCCAAGACGCGGCGAACGCGCCGGACAAUGUGUCGGAAGAGAACAGGAGGACCAUGGCGUACAUUGCCGACCUGCUCAACGAAAGCACCAGAGAGGCCGCGCUCCUGGAGCUGAGCAAGAAGAGGGAGCAGGUGCCCGAGCUCGCGCUCAUCCUCUGGCACUCGUUCGGCGUGAUGACGAGCCUGCUCCAGGAGAUCAUCUCGGUCUACACUCUGCUGAACCCGUCGCAGCUGACGGCGGCCGCGAGCAACCGGGUCUGCAACGCGCUCGCGCUGCUCCAGUGCGUCGCCAGCCACCCGGACACCCGGACGCUCUUCCUCCACGCGCACAUCCCGCUCUUCCUGUACCCGUUCCUCAACACCACCUCCAAGUCCCGUCCGUUUGAGUACCUCCGCCUCACCAGCCUGGGCGUGAUCGGGGCCCUGGUCAAGAAUGACUCGUCCGAGGUGAUCAACUUUUUGCUGACGACGGAAAUCAUCCCCCUCUGCCUGCGUAUCAUGGAGACGGGAUCCGAGCUGAGCAAGACCGUCGCCAUCUUCAUCGUGCAAAAGAUCCUCCUCGACGACAAUGGUCUCAACUACAUCUGCGCCACCUAUGAGCGGUUCUACGCCGUCGGCACCGUGCUGAGCAACAUGGUCUCCCAGCUGGUCGAGUCCCAGACGGCGAGGCUCCUCAAGCAUGUGGUGCGCUGCUUUCUCAGGCUAAGCGAUAACGCUCGCGCGCGUGAGGCUCUGCGCCAAUGCCUCCCCGAGCCCCUCCGCGACGCCACCUUUUCCUCGGUCCUGCGCGACGACGCCGCUACGAAGCGAUGCCUCGCCCAGCUGCUGAUCAACCUCUCGGAUAAUGUCGUGGAGAACAGCGGCGGGCUGACUAUGUAG